GAAGGUUUGAGGUUUUUAGCUUCUUUCUUGAUUUGUAAAAAGAAGUAGUGGAAGAUAAAACUGGACAGCUGGGGAGACCAUGCUCAGUGGGACUUCUCAGAUACCUGCAGUAGCCAACAUGUCUUUGGUCCUGCUUUCCCUCCUCUGGCUCAUCAUUCAAACUCAAGCAAUAGCCAUGAAGCAAACACCUGAAUUAGAACUCUAUGAAGUAGUUCGUCCUAAAAGACUACACAUUUUACACAAAAGAGAGAUACAGAACAACCAGACAGAAAAGCUUGGUGAAGAGGAAAGGCAUGAGCCUGAACUUCAGUAUCAGAUUGUAUUAAAUGGAGAAGAAGUCAUUCUUCACCUAGAAAAGACCAAGGGUCUCCUGGGGCCAGACUACACUGAAACAUAUUACUCACCCAGGGGAGAGGAAAUCACCACAAGGCCUCAGAAUGUGGAACACUGCUACCAUAAAGGACACAUCCUAAAUGAGAAGGACUCUGUUGCCAGUAUUAGUGCUUGUGAUGGGUUGAGGGGCUACUUCACACAUCACAAUCAAACAUACAUGAUAAAGCCUCUGAAAAGCACAGACCGGGAAGAACACGCUGUCCUCACAUUCAACCAAGAGGAGCCAGACCUAGCUCGUCAGACCUGUGGCGUGAGGAGUGUGGGCAGGAAACAAGGCCUCCCUCGCACCUCCAGGUCCCUCAAUAGCCCACAGCAAGACGAGUUUCUUCAGGCUGAGAAAUACAUUGACCUCUUUUUGGUGAUGGAUAAUGCCUUUUAUAAUAUGUACAAGAAGAAUCUAACUUUGAUAAGAAGCUUUGUGUUUGAUGUGAUGAAUCUACUCAAUGUGAUUUAUAAAACCAUAGAUGUUCAAGUAGCCUUGGUAGGUAUGGAAAUCUGGUCUGACGGUGAUAAGAUAAAGGUGGACUCCAACAUAGGCGUCACCUUUAACAACUUUCUGAAUUGGCAUCGUUCUAACCUGGGGAAAAAGAAGAUCCACGACCAUGCUCAGCUACUCAGUGGAGUUGCCGCCAGCAAUCGACGUGCAGGAAUGGCAGCCUCGAAUUCCUUAUGUUCCCCAUCAUCGGUUGCUGUUAUUGAGGCUAAGAACAAGAAUAGUGUGUCACUUGUAGCAGUGAUGUCACAUGAGUUGGGUCAUGUCCUUGGAAUGCCUGAUGUUCCCUAUGACACCAAGUGUCCCUCUGGGAGUUGUGUGAUGAAUCAAUAUCUGAGUUCAAAAUUCCCGAAGGAUUUCAGUACCUCGUCCCGUGCACAUUUUGAAAAAUACAUGUUAUCUAGUAAACCAAGGUGCCUGCUGCAAGCUCCAAUUCCUGAAAAUAUAAUAACACAACCGGUGUGUGGGAACCAACUUCUGGAAGUGGGAGAAGAUUGUGAUUGUGGGUCUCCUAAGGAAUGUACCAAUCCUUGCUGUGAGGCCACGACCUGUAAGUUAAAGUCUGAAGCAGAUUGUAGAGAAGAGACUCUGAACCAUAUCACAGACUGAAUCAAAAAAUCUACUUCAGCGAGAUGCUGCUUGCCAGGACAAGAGUCAAGAAAUCUAAACACCCCGGGAAUCGUGUAUUUUCACCUUUGCACUUAGAUAUAUUUUGCUUUGCACUUCUCAAUAUCCUUGCCGUGUUUUUACCAGUCCAGCAAACAGAGGGACAGAUGGGCUUAGAGAAGGUGCCAGUUUUCUGAGACCUGAUCUUUAAUGUAUUUUUAAGGAUCGUGAAGCUAUUGUUUAGCUCUGCUCUUUGGAGAACACAAGAAAUUAGCCUUUGACCAAAACACCUCACAAUGCACCGCUGAAUCGUGCAGAGUCAAUCCGGGAUUGCAAAAGUACAGUGACUUAUAUUUCAACCCCGCUUUCAUUUUGCUAAGAUAGCCCAUGAGAAAACCCGACCACUUGAGGAGGGAGGCCUUCAGCAGAAGAAGGGAGAGCCGAGGUCAUGUGCCAUUUAUUCCUCCACAGUGUCCCAGGGCCUUGCUCUGAGGAGUGCGGCAUUUUUCUACACUAUGUCAAAAUUAAUUAACUAUAAAAAUUUUUAUUUUACCAUGCAUAAUCCUUUACACAUCUUUUACUAUUACAUAUAAGGAUUUUGAAAAGUCUGCAUUGCUUACAUUUCAACUGAGUCAUCAAGGAAUGCUUCAUUCAUCUACUGAUUUAAUGAACCAUAAUGCAAUGAAUAAAAACACA